GCCAGCCACAUAGUUGUUUGCUAAACACUGUCAUGGAAAGAGGGAGUUUAUCAAGGCCUUUCUACGUACACGGCUAUCUUUGUGCAUCACAUCCUGUAGAAGUGUUAUUAUUGUGUAUUACAGGAACAGUAUGUCUUCUUACACUGAAUAUAUACGACGCAACACACGCUUCAGAAGGAUCGGUUGUAUCAUCGCCAGCUGACAAGAUUGCCUUGCCAACCAAUAUACAUGUUCAUAUUAGUGCGACAAGCUAUUUYCUUGCUCUUUUGUGUUUAUAUUUACAAUGUAAGAAGUUGAUCCAUGGAGGAAUCUCUGUCUUAUUAGGUGUUGUUGGGAUUUUUCUGGUGUUUUCAUUUACUGUAUAUACAUCUGUGGUUGGUAACAUAUUUGGUGGCGAGUUYGCUGUACUUAGAGAAGCCCUACCAUUUUUUUGUCUGCUUAGUGACUUUGUUACCGUUGGUGACUUGGCAAAGUUUGCACUUUCAUCUACCUCUUAUGAAGAGGCUUAUUCCAAAAUUGCCCAAGGUGUUGCCACCCUUGGUCCGUCAGUUACUCUGAAUACAYUAGUAGGUGCCUUGGUGAUAGGUGUAGGGAGUCUUUCAGGAGUUGGAGGGYUGGAAACAGCAAGCUACUUUGGUUGUCUGGCACUUCUUAGUCACUAUAUUAUGUUCAUGACGUUCUUACCAGCAUGUUUGUCCUUGUUCUUAGAGAUGUGUUUCAGAGGUCAAAGUCARCCUUCUUGGUUAAUUGAACCUUCCAGUAACCUAAUGGUAGUUGAACAGGAACAUAUAUCUAAUCCUUUGCUACAGCAUGUCAAGGUUAUUAUGUCUGCAGGGUUGAUGUUUGUACAUGCUCACAGCUGGCUCAUGGUGAGACCAACAGCAACUCUUGAAGCACAAAACCACACACAAGCUAAUGAUAAGCUGUCAAGGUUUUUAGCUGUUAAUGCAGAAGAGGUUUUGGCAUUUGUACUAGCUGUGUUAGUUGCAGCACGAUACAUGUAUCUUGAGAAAGAUAAAGCAGAUAAUUUGCUUGAAGUCAAAGACCGCAAAGAAAAGACAGCAGCUACACAAAUAGAAACAACAACUAGCAAUGGAAAAGACUCAAUUACAAUUACAGAUAAUGCUGAAAGCAGAGGAAGUUCUGUAGCAAGUAUUAGUACUUCAGAAAAGUCAUUUAAAGUCAAAGACCAGAAAGAAAAGACAGCAACUAGACAAAUGUACACAACAACUAAAUGCAAAGGAAAAGACUUAAUAAAUGCCAGUACAGACAGUGCUGAAAAUAGGAAAGGUGUUWUAUCAAGUACUGGUACUUCAAAAAUUACCAAAGACUUUUACACAAAUGCACAAGUUUUACUUAGAAAAYCUCAAACUCCUAGGAAAAGAAGUGCAACAUUUUGUUUGGGUGAUAGUUCUUCACUUGACGAGGAUUUAUCUGACCAGAGCAGAGAAAGAUCUGAUAUAGACAUAGAAAGCAUUGUAGAAAAGAAGAGAUCUUUCUCUUUACUAUUUAAUAAAGCCCCAAAGAARAGCCAUUCAAGCCAUGAUAUCUUCAAGAAUCCAGCAAAAGAGUCAGAAUCUACUACUUUACAUUCAGGAAAGGAACUGAAAGUACCAAAGGUCAAAGUCACAAGGCACGAAAGCUUGAAAGAUCAACAAGRUCAACAUUCUCCUCCWCUGAAAAGUKUAAUUGAAGGGAAGRCUUCAUAUGAGAGUUGYACCAGAAGURUACAKGARUUAGUAAAAACCAGUUUGACUUGUUUUUCCUGUUUGUGUUUCAUGUUGGUUGAUUGUUCUUUCAGACGUAAAGUCACGGCUCGCAAGAUGAACAAAAGUCAAGAGUGUUUAAAAGAUCUUCCCCACAAGCAUUAUGACUAUACUCUAGUGUCUGGCGCAUGCUGUGAAAAUGUGAUUGGAUACAUGCCGAUACCAGUAGGCGUGGCAGGACCACUACUCUUAGAUGGAAGGCUCUUUUACAUUCCCAUGGCAACAACAGAGGGUUGUUUAGUUGCAAGUACAAACAGAGGAUGUCGAGCACUUUCAGUUAGUGGUGGUGUAAGAAGUUCUAUUCUUGGUGAUGGAAUGACAAGAGGACCUGUUGUGAGGUUUCCUUCUGCCAUGCAAGCAAGUGAAGCAAAACUCUGGCUUGAAGAUGAGUACAACUUUGAUGUCAUCAAACAGGCUUUUGAUGGAACAAGCCGGUUUGCAAGGUUAAAGUCCAUUAARUGUGCCGUAGCAGGCAGACUUCUCUUUGCAAGAUUUGCAGCCACAACUGGUGAUGCAAUGGGAAUGAACAUGUUAUCAAAAGGAACAGAAAAUGCAUUAAAAGAACUYCAGCUACAAUUUCCAUGCAUGGAGAUUAUUAGUCUUAGUGGGAACUAUUGCACAGACAAGAAAGCAACAGCAAUGAAUUGGAUAGAAGGAAGAGGGAAGUCUGUUGUUUGUGAAGCAAUAAUUCCUGGACAUGUUGUGAUGAAAGUUCUMAAGACUAGCAUMACGGCCCUGACAGARUUAAAYACAAGUAAAAAUUUAGUUGGUUCAGCAAUGGCUGGUGCAAUAGGAGGUUUUAAUGCACAUGCAGCAAACAUAGUCACUGCAUUAUUCAUUGCCACAGGRCAGGAUCCAGCCCAAAAUAUGGAGAGCAGUAAUUGUAUAACAUUAUUAGAGCCUUGUGGACCAAAUCAUGAAGACCUAUAUAUAAGCUGUACAAUGCCAUCUUUGGAAGUUGGAACUGUUGGAGGRGGCACUAUUUUGCCUGCACAAGCAUCUUGUCUGGAGAUGCUUGGUGUGAAAGGAGCUUCCAGCAAAGAGCCUGGUCAAAAUGCUUCCCAGUUAGCACGUAUAAUCUGUGGGACGGUCUUAGCUGGUGAACUAUCACUUCUGUCAGCAUUAGCUGCUGGGCAACUGGUACAAAGUCACCUCAAACACAAUAGAUCUACUAUCAAUUUAAUUAGCAACGAUGAAGCAACCAAGAACUGUGCUGUAUUAUAACACAUGAAAAAAAUGAARUGAGACAUCUAGAUUGAAACUGUUACUGAGCCAUGAAAUAGAAACUACUAAGUGCUGUCAAAAACCUCAAGGCAACUUACAAUAUUUUCUAAACAAGAUACAUUUACUCAUAUAUUAUUGUAAUAUUAGUGUUUCUUAGUUUAGCCACCUCAGAAAUACUGUGCCAUGAUUGUAUUGCUCUGAAGAUAUUAUUUUUAUUAAUAUAUUUUUAUUAUUAUAUUAUUAGAGCAAUGUCUCUCAAUUUAGCAACUUCACAACAAUAGCUUAGCUUAGCCUUUAAAGAUCAGUAACAUUGUUUCACAGUCCAGUGGCACUCACUCUAAGGAUAAAAAUUUGUAGUUUUAUCAUUCAAAACUAUCUGCAAAGAUUAUUAUUAAUGAUGCUGUAAAUAAAUCUAUUAGAGAAAUAUGAGUAAAUGAUAUUUUAAGGUGUUGAUAUCAUGUAAAUAAAGAUUUUUAUAUUUAUUGUGAAUAAAAGCCAUUCUUGGGUA